AUGCCGAAAUAUUCUGGACAAUGGAGCCAAGUCAUUGGAAACCGACUGAUAUGGGAGAACCAUCAACUGCAAUUCGAUGUCAGCGAAACGAUUGUUUCUUCUAAUAUUGAGAAAUUGAACGCCGAACAAAAAAGGGCAUUCGAAAUGAUAAUAGAUUCCGUGGAAACCAAUGCUGGGAAAACUUUCUUUUUGAAUGGAAGUGAAGGAACAGGCAAAACGUUUGUAUACAACACUGUGGCGGCAAAAUGUCGACUAAAAGGUAACAUUGUUUUGACAAUGGCAUCUUGGGGUGUAGCAGCACUGCUCCUAAGUGGUGGACGUACCGCUCAUACUACUUUCAAGAUACCGUUGAAUCCUGCUGAGGAUUCGAAAUGGAGGGGGAACUUUUUAGAAACACCAAAUUGA